AUGAGAACGAAGGAGAUCCUAAGAAAACUUGCGAGGAGAAAAAGAGGCAGACUUGAUGAUGGGGCGACAACAGCCACUCCUUUGGUGGAGGAUAAACUUUCAACGGCGGACACUCUUCCAGCAGAGGACCCAAGUAUCUCAGAGUCAGACGAGAAGUACACCGACGACCCCAAUCCCCAGCCCCAGCCUGUGGAGAUUGUGUGGCCGACCUUUAUCCGUCCUUGUCAUGUUUAUUCUGGGGUUAUCCCGUGUGAAUCGGAUCCCAUGGUUUGCAGAAGCCUCUGCGAGAGAAUCAAAAUUACCGUUGGCGGCGGCGGGGGGAGUGGUGGAGGUGGACAUCGACAGCAGCAAUACCAACACCAACAAUCAUCGUCAGUUACGACAACCUCAGGGCCAGCAACCAAAGUCUUCUUCCUCCACAAACGUCUCCUCUGCGAAUACUCGGAGUACUUCAGCACCGCCCUCAGCCCACGUAACCGCGAUGUCUUCGUCGAGGCCGAAACCGGCCACUUUGUCUUCGACGACGAUGACGACGACCCAGACGACUUUUACCGCUGGGCUGUCUGGCUGUACGUUUGCAGCGGGUGCAAGCUCUCUGCUAUUUACGAGUUCCAGAACAACCACCGGUGUAGUCCUUCAAGGCUGGAGGAAUUUGCCUCGAAGUCGGAUGAUGCCGCCGGGGAAGGGGAAGGGGAAAGAGAACAACAUCUCUACGCCCCCUACGGACUCCCCCAACACCCUCCUUGCAUGUCCCUCUCCGAUCAGACCGGAGUCGACCGCGACCACUGGCGUACAACGUUUAACGUCAUCGCCGCCACCGAGGAGGAAGGAGAACCAGCCGAUAUUCGCCGUGACGAAGCAGAGCGCACGGUCAGACUCCACAUGCCAUUCGCGUGCAAAAUGAGCUCACCGUCGCCGGUGACGGGAUGGUUUUGCGCUAGGGACAGCGGAGAAGGUGACAGCAAUGCCGCCAAGGACCCCAACGCAGCCCUAGAAGCAGCAGCCGCUUACAUGUUCGGCUACCGCAUUUUGUCACGAGCGUACCGACUGUUCGCCCUCGCCCACUUCAUCCAGCACGUCGACCUGCUCACGGAGGAUUACCAGGACGAGCUCCAAAACCUGCUGCACGAGGUAUUUCCCGUGGGCAGCGAAGCCCAUCGGUUCCUGACCGUGUGGGUUGCCUGGCUGAGAUGGAAGCAGCGCCUACCCAAUAAUGACGAGCCAGGCGAUCGCUCGAGGACUUCAGGUCAGAGGAGCCGGGAGACGGACGCGUUCUUCAACAUGUUUCAGAUGAUGGGAUAUCGAAAAGGGUCCGAGGCCGCGGACCCACGGAGAUAUCCCUUGUUUCAUUGGGAGCAGGAAUGCAGCAAGGGACUACCGGGCGAUAGGACGUACUGCGACCACACAGAAUCUCUGCAGUGGCACGGCUCAGUUGUGAAUAUUACGGAGCAAAUGGCACCGAACCUGCUGCCCCCGAUGGUCACGAAUGCACCACCGUCAGGCCGAUCCUCAACCAGACCUUUAGCCACCGGAGACAGUCGUUGGGAAAUUUUCUUUGGUCUGUCGAAAGAUUUUGUCACGUUCUGGUCUCAGGUCCUCUGGUUGUGGGGUCCAUUCAUCAUACUCGCUUUUGCCGCGGACACUUUUGCUCAGGAUAAGCAUCACCUGAUUGAGUUUUCCGGCAAAGUUCUCGGAGCAGUUUUCGCCGCCAUGGUACUUUUAGCGGCGUGGUACAAGUACCCAGGCUGGGAGUGGGUGAUAGGGUUAACGAUGUUGCUUGGAGUUCCGAAAGCGUGCGGGUCGUUCAUAUGGGCCCAGCACUGUUUGAAAAGGCAGCAGCAGCAGCAGCCCAAGUCCAGGGGGAAAUCGACGAAGUCACAAGCCCCAGACUGUGCAAAGAAGAGACCGCCCUUGGGGCUUUCGAGUUGCUGUUCGUCGCGUCAGUUUUCUGGACACUACUGA